AUGACUGAAGCAUCUCCACAAGUUGAAACCAUUGAUUCCGAUUUAAAGACGGUAGAAAAUGUGGAGGAUCCCGAAUCAGCUUCACAGGAAGUGCAUGUAAACAAUUUGUCAGACAAGUGUGGGGGAGUGUCAAAUCAACCACCAGAAAAAGACAAUUCUGAAAUUCUUCAGGAUGAGGAUUGCAAUGGAGAUGUUGGUGGGAAUGGGAAAAAAGGCAAAGGAAAAAACGUAAAGUUUCCAGACAGUGGCUAUGUGGCAAGCUAUGAUGAACCAAAAGAUCCAUGGAAAAAUGCUGAAUUUUGGACAACAGAAGAAUUAGUUCAGGCUUAUAAGAAAAGUUGUGAAAAACAUGGAGUAAAGCCUUUAAUCAGAUUAGUUCAACAGCUUCAGCUCAUUGUCGAAAUUUGCAUCUUCAAAUCCAAAUAUUUAUGUUGUAUUGUAGGAGAGAAGUUAGAUCAGAAACAAUGUGAAUGUUUAGAAGAAGUAUUCCGUAGAGUUCAGUUUAAAAUAGUGGAUCUUGAAGCCAGUCAUUUGGAUGAUGAGACCCCCUGUCUCACAGCCUUAGAUAUGAGAAACUGUGAUCUAAAUGAAAGAUCUAUACCUAUAAUGGGUAGAGCUCUUAAGCUAGGCAGUCAUUUAACUAUCUUACAUUUAGAAAAUAUUUAUCUUUCUGGUAGACCUCUUGUAAUACUUGUUGCAGCAUUAAAAAUGAACGAGAAUUUAUUAGAGUUAUUUUUGGCUGAUAAUAAACUCAUGCCUAGUGAUGGUAUACAGUUAGGUAUAUUGUUGAAAUAUAAUCAUAAAUUAGAACUAUUGGAUCUACGUAAUAAUCAUUUACAGGAUGUAGGAACAAGACAUGUUUGUGAUGGAUUAAGUGAACAGACCCUAGAACGUGGUCUCUUGACAUUAGUCUUAUGGAAUAACCAAAUAACAUAUCAAGGCAUGACACCUAUAGCUAAUUGUCUUGCAACGGUUAGAUUUCUUGAAACAUUAAAUUUGGGCCAUAAUAAUAUUACUAAUGAAGGUAUACAUCAAUUAAAAGAAGGAUUAUUAAAAAAUAGAUCUUUAUUAAGAUUAGGAUUACAAGGAACCAAAUUAUCAUGUGAAGGAGCUGUGGCAUUAGCAGAAUAUGUAGCAGAAAGUACCAAACUCUUACGACUAGAUUUAAGAGAGAAUGACAUUAAGACUGCAGGAUUAAUGGGGUUAUCUCUAGCUUUAACUGUGAACGAAACAGUCACCAGAAUUGAUCUUGAUAAAGAUACCAAAAAAGAAGCGGUAAGUUGGAAAUUCUACGGUGACCAUAAAUAA